UCACUACUAGCCAAAAGUCGCGAUCAGAAGAGUAGAAGGAAAGCUUUUGCUGUACAGUGGCCUAACACACUUAGCUCUAGGACAGUCGUAACCGAGAAAGACACGGAGAGAGAUGUUGCAGCAGAUACUGGACACGAUGUACGUGGAUCCAGAGCUUCUGGAACUCAUGACGGACGAACAGAAAGAGCUGCUGUUCAGGAGAAUGAGGGACGAGCAGCUGAGACGGUGGAACGUCAGAGAGAAGGAACCGCAGAAGAAGCCUGCAAGAAAGAAAAAGCAGAGAAAAAUUCAGUUCCUGUUGGGAGAAGAUGGGGAGCCAUGGACAUGGGUAAUGGGGGAACACGGCAGAGACCUGCCCUAUGAUGAGCUGGUGAGGCAGAGCGAGAGGAUAGAGAGAGAGAAGGAGGAGGAGGAAGAGAGGGAGAUACGGAGACAGGCAGAUGAGUUUGCCAAACAGGAAACUGGCCACAUUCUCUCUCUUGCCAGUCGUUUUGGGGAACUUCAAUCUCCCUCCCAGUCCCCCAUUGGCUCCCCAUCCACCAAUCCCUACAACAAGAGAAUGUCUCUGGAUGUCGGAAAGCCAGCCACCAAACAGCCAGUCAGACGUCUCCUCUCCGACUCUGCAGUUGGCACCCACAGUGCCAGCAGACAUAGAGGAAGUUUGCCAGGGAGUCUUCUGGCAGUGCCUGAAUCUUUGUCGACAUCGUCCCUCCUCUCCUCCUCCUCCUCCGGGUCCUCUCUCCCUCGAACUGAGUCCCAACUGGACCUCUCCUCCAGUAAUGAACACAUUGACUACGAGGAAUCUCCACUGCCGCACACCUCGACCAGAGAGAGGUACAAUCAGGACGACCUCAGGAGAAUGACUCUCAAGAAACAAGUCCCAAUCAUUGGUAAGACGAAAGAGGAGCAUCAGGAGUUCCAGGAGCGGAGGGCAGAGGAGAUCUUCUCCACCAUGAGAGAGGUGAAGCAGCUGGCCAGGAAGAAGUCGAUGCAAGUGGCCCACACUGUGGAGGAGAGGUGGAGAGAAAGCGAGCAGAAAGCCAAGGCCUUCGAGAGGACCCGCAAAGCCUCUUUCAACCAGGCCAGGAAACUCAGUCAGAGGCUCCCUAAGAUUGACGAGCGACAGAUCUUGGAGGGAAUCCCCGAGGAAAGGAAGAAGGAGUUGGAACAGAAGAUGAAGUGGGACAGGAAUAAACAGACACGAAAACCCAUCCAUCCAGGCAGGACUAAUCCCUCUAAACCUCUCGUCCGCCGAUCGUCUGUCUUUGAGCCCGGAACUAAGCCCAAGACUCUGGACCAUGUGGUCACCUGGUUCAGAGAGAGGGAGGCCCCUUGCGGACACUGUCGCGAGAGGGACGGAACAAUCUCACUCUGGUUCCACGGUCGGCUUGGGAGAGCAAAGGCAGAGUAUCUACUGGAGAAGAAGCCGGUGGGUAGUUACCUGGUGAGAUUGAGUCUCAAGACAUGGGGCUACACCAUCUCCGUCAAGAGUAAGAGGCAAAAUACUACCUAAUCUUUCUCUUUUUCUCCUUCUUUCUUCUCUCUCUCUGAUCAUGUUAACUUUCACAAUGCGUCCAUGUAGUACAUCUUCCUGUAAUAUAAAGCAUCUAUUGUACGUUUGCUCAGCCUACACCGACGUCAAGCAUUUCCUGGUAGACGUGCCUUCCGGGGGCAGAUACCAGUUCCUCGGACCCAAACAGAGACAGUUCCGCAGCCUCAACGAACUCCUAGCCUUUUACAGGGGCAACCCGAUAACGUCGGCAGGACAGGAGGUGUUGCUGGUGCCAGUGGCUCAGCUGGAGCCAGAAGACAGCGACCUGUUCAGAGAGCUCUUCAGAGAUGACGAUGACGAGGAGGCGUGGUCAACUUGCCUCUAAUUAGGGGGCAAGGCUAGCAUUCCUAUGACUCUCGCACACAACCAUUUACUCAUUUUUCACGACAUAAUAAUUAACUUUAUGAGAAAUGUAUUGUACAUGGGCGAAGUGAACUAUCAUUUGCGUGUUGCGAUUUCUGUGAGCCAUUUAACUCCUUUGCUACUGGUCCGUUUGUUUACUGACUCCCAGUUGUCACGG